UCAGUUGCCUUGACUCAAACUGAAAAGCGAGCCACUCGUGAGCACAAGUCAGCCUUUAUUAAAGAUGUUCGAGAGUCGGUGGAUAAGCACAAGAGUCUUUAUCUUUUUAGCUACGAGAACAUGCGCAGCAACAAAUUUAAAGAUGUACGUCGUCACUUUCGAGGCACCGCUAAGGAGGAGCCUAGCCGUAUUUUCUUAGGGAAAAACAAGCUUCUGCAGCUUGCAUUGGGCCGCACACCUGAAGAGGAAUACUCAGAUAAUCUGCGCCACGUUGCUAAGCGUAUAACCGGUGGCUGUGUUGGAGUUUUGUCUACUUCUCGCUCUCGAAAUGAUGUUGAAGGAUACUUUUCAAGCUACAGUGAACCUGAUUUCGCACGUGCUGGAUCGGUUUCUCCUCGAGAAGUACUUGUUAACUCUGGUAUGCUAGACGCCUUCCCGGUUUCUAUGAUGGAGCAAUUCCGUAAGCUUGGAAUGCCCGUGGAGAUCCAGAAUGGAAAGGUUGUUUUUCGCGACGGAGUAUCGGAAUUCAGGAUAUGCAAGGAAGGUGAGACCCUGUCGGCCGAAAAAUGCAAGCUACUGGUUCAUUUCGGUAUAAAAAUUACAAACUUCAAAGUCGGUCUAGUUUGCCGGUGGGAAAACGGAGAAUUUGAAUUACUUGAAUAG